AUGGUUUAUCCUGAUGAUUCUAGUGCCACAGGGAUCCAAAAUAAAAUAAAAUUAUUAAAGAGUGAAAAUGAAAAGUUGACUAAGAAAAUUGAAUCAGCUACUUCGAAGAAGAGAACUCUGGCCAUCAAACUAAAAAAACAAGAACAAAAUAGAGAUCUUUAUAUUUCACGAAUGAGAUCAUUAGUUUCGAAAAGAAAAAAUGUAUCAGAAGGAAAGAUCCAAAAAAAUAUAACAAAAAAGAUUAAAGAGAAUAAACAUACCUAUACGCCUGAGUUUACUGCUCUAAUAUCCCAAAUUAGCAAUAGUACUUUAUCUCGAUGGAAUAAAGAAGUGGCAGAACUUGCAAUUAUUGAAAAUCUUCCAAAUUCCACUUCUACAUUUGUUUCAUAUGGAAUCCUAGCAGAUGAAAGCACAAGAGGAGAUAAAAAAAUCUUCUUAGUAUGUGUUGCACAUUGGAAUACAAUCAAAGAGGAACCUAUUGCAUCAGGAAAACUAAU